GGACCCUGAGAGAGUGGAGCCCGGGACUGGGGUCGCUUCCAGGGCUGCCAAGCAAUCCCCGGCCGGGGUACCGGGGUUCCUCGCGACAUGGAACCGUAGGUUGAGCUGAGCAACCCGGCUGGACUUUCCUUGUUCUGGGUAACAACAACCUCCCAGAAACCCGCCGUCCGUCAUCGAUUGCCCGGUCGAUACGAAGUAAUGCAGCUGAACAAGGAACGCCAGCGAAAGAUCCGCAACACGUUACACAGGUCGCUUCCCCGAGAAAAUACCCCAGAGCUCGCGCUAUGGACGCGUAACCAGCAGCUCUCCCCUCUCCUCCGCCUCCCGCCCGAACUCCGUAACCAAAUCUUCGAGAUCGUCCUCGCCGUCGGCCAGAUCAACGUGUGCUUCAAGAAGUGGGGACGCAGGGUGCAGAUCAAGAAUGGGCAGCGAUGCUACGAGACGAUCACGGGAGGUUUCUAUUGCCGCAUUCUGGGCAGGGACGAGAACCCGUGGUUAGGUCAGAAGGCGGACGCGACGGAACCCCCGCCUCGCCGCGGCAUGACGCUGCUGUCGCCCGUCUGCCGCCAGCUGUACCACGAGACCGUCCUGCUCCCCUUCCGCCUCAACGUCUGGUCCUUCGAGUCUAUGCAUGUUCUGGAUAGAUUCGCUGUAAAGGAAAAGAGGCUACCUCGGGCGCAUCGCCGCGCUAUCCGAUUGCUCUAUGCCCAAGCGCUGUUGCCCAAGUCGGCAAUGAAAUACUUGGGUGGUCUGAAAGUAGUAGUACUUGGCACGGGUUCAUGAUGACAAAUUGCAACCCACACAUACGGGGCCGUCUGUCUCGAACAAGGAGUGGGAGGGAAUAAAUGUUCAGGCGGCCUCGGGGCGUCAGGGGCGUCGCUGACCACCAUUCUCUGGAGCUUCCCUGUCCCCCAAAGGGUGCAACGCUGCCUCCUCUGCCACCUGGUGGAGGGCCAUGUGCCAACGGCGAAAGAGUGGAGCCUCGAGUAACUCAACCCGGAGUGUAGGUUGUAGGGUAGGUAGGGUUCUGGUCUUCAGAUUCCGGUCCCUGGGGAUACCUUUGG